CUGCAUGCGCCACACCACCCUUGCUCUAUUUAUAGACCAACAUUCCCUUGCACUCCCUCCUCACCAGCACUUGCUUGUCAUUCCCAAGCAAACGCAUUCAUCCAGCACCGGCCGCACUCAGCUCGUCAAGCUAAGUUCACAUUCACGCACAAUCCAAGCAAUGGCUCGCGCUCAUCAGGUCGUGGCUAUCGCCGCCGUUGCCGCCGUCGUGCUGCUCGCCGCCGCGGCGACCACCACCGAGGCCGCCGUGACCUGCGGGCAGGUGAGCUCGGCCAUCGGCCCCUGCAUCGCCUACGCCCGCGGCACCGGCUCCGGCCCCUCCGCAGCCUGCUGCAGCGGCGUGAGGAGCCUCAACUCGGCGGCCAGGAGCACCGCCGACAGGCGCGCCGCAUGCAACUGCCUCAAGUCCGCCGCCGGCAGGGUGAGUGGCCUCAAACUUGGAAACGCCGCAAGCAUCCCCUCCAAGUGCGGAGUCAGCAUCCCCUACACCAUAAGCCCAAACGUCGACUGCUCCAGGGUGAGCUAAACGACGACCAGUACCGUCGCUACCUAUCUACUUAAUUAUCGUCUAUGAUCGAGUUCGAUGAUGAUGAAUAAAAAUCUCUCCGGCGUCGCGUGCACUGUCGUCAUGCGCUAGCUCAGCUCGCGUGGUACGUCGUCGCUCAGCAUGUGAUGAGCGAUCGAGAGACGGAGUCCUCUCCGAUCCUUGUGUCCUUUUGCAUGCUUCGUACGUUUUGUGUCUGCAUCUGCAUAGUAGUGUGUCCUCCAUUUCCGUUUGGAGGAGACCCACUCUGUACCUUGUCCACUAUACCUUUUAAUACAUCAUACACCACUUUUUUGUACGCUCCA